CUCUGUCAAUCUUUAUUGUUCUUCUCUAGUUGAGAAAUCUUCAUCCUCUACCGAUCCGAUCUGCGUCAACCCACCAUCCGGCCUCCACUUCUCUUUUCCAUCCUCAAAUCUCCAUCCUCAAAUCCCCCUGCUACCGGCGACGAGAUCCCGGCGGCUGAGACCUAAUCCGGAAAUGCACAAUGAGCAUUUGUCUUUACAUAUUUGUCUCUCUAUGCAGAUGAGCACAUUUGAAGGUAUGAAAUUAGGUGGAAUUUACUUCAUGGGACGCCAUAUUUUUCUGGUUUUCCGGCAUUUGCUUUUGAUUCUUAAGCAGGUGUUUAUGGAUUUUCUUCAAAGGAGCCUAACUUUGGAUAACAUGGCAAAUCAGUCUCAGUCACAUUGAGAAAUCGCGCAGCGAUCAUAAUUGAUUCAGGUAUUAUUUCCUUUUUCCUUAUUUCUAUUUUUUUGACUUAACAGUUUGUGUGGGGUGUGUAGUGAAUUGCAUUUUAGUAUGAUGUGGGUAUAGGAUCAUAAAUAACAAAGUCAUACCUUUUUCGUGUGGGUAAAGAUUAUGAAAUCUGGUUUGAUGACAUGGUAUGUUCUCACACUUAAGUUCAUGGUGGUAUGCAUUUAAAAAGCAAGUUCGCCUUAUUGAGUGUUAUAAAUUAAUUAUGUUUUUUUGCCUUGUUUUAUUCCCUGGAAUAUAAAAAUGAGGUCACGGG